UGGUGCGGUGCAGGUGCAGAACGUUGUUUAUUUUGUAUUUUGGCGGACUCUGCAAAAUGGUGAUAGUAAUUGGGUCGCACAUAGUGAUGACGUCGUAAACGCAUAAAAAAUAUUUGUCUCAGGGCAGCACGGACUUGGCAAAAUCAGGACGUGCGUGUUCAGCACAGUCAAAAUGGUAUUUUAGUCUCAAUUUAGGAUCAUUAAUUCUAAAAAUACUUUUGAUACAACUAAAUGCUCUGUGAUUUAACCUAAAUACGUUACCAACACAGUAAUAACAACAAAGCACUGGAGGGCAGGGGUCAUUUUUCAACCAGGAAGUGGCCCAGUUACAAGCAUGUUUACAUAAGGUGACCAAUGAUUGCCCUCCCAACUGCAGUGGAAAGCAAAAGUAUCUGACCUACAUAGGUUGUUUUCUUUCUGUGCUCUGCACAUUCAUUGUCCAUAACUUUGGUUAAACUUACAAACAACCAUGAAAGCCCUACGCAGCCAUUUCCAUUUUGUCCGCUCUGCCAUCAGCAGCGCAUCAUCUUUCACAAUGUCACAUGUGAAGCCUCAUCCCACAGUUUUUAACAAUAAGCCAAAAAAUACAUUCAAGAAAAAACAUGGACUUCAGGAGGUUGUCAACCUUGUGCAAAGUGUGGAGGAGACUCUAGAACCCAUCCAUACCACCAUCAUCAAAGGCACAAUACCUACAUGGAUUCAUGGAAAUCUUCUUCGCAAUGGCCCUGGAAAGUUUGAGUUUGGAAAUCAACACUUCAACCACUGGUUUGAUGGAAUGGCCUUGAUGCACUGCUUUCAUAUUAAUGAUGGUCAGGUCACCUACCGGAGCCGGUUCCUACGCAGUGACGCUUACAAGCAGAACAGUGAGAUGAAUCGAAUUGUGAUGUCUGAGUUUGGCACUCUUGCUUUCCCCGACCCAUGCAAAAAUAUCUUUCAACGCUUCCUAUCCCGUUUUGAGAUGAAGCCCACAGACAAUGCUAAUGUGAACUUCGUUAAAUACAAAGGUGACUACUAUGUCAGCACAGAGACAAACUUUAUGCACAAAAUUGAUCCAGACACUCUAGAAACAAAAGAGAAGGUGGACUGGAGCAAGUUCAUUGCUGUUAAUGGUGCAACAGCCCACCCUCAUGUAGACCCAGAUGGUACGGUCUACAAUAUGGGCAACUCCUAUGGCAUAAAAGGAGCUUUAUACAACAUUAUCAGAGUGCCUCCAAAUAAAGAAGACCCUGAUGAAACAUUGCAUGGGGCAAAGGUGCUAUGUUCCAUUUCUCCUGCCGAAAAAAACAAGCCUUCCUACUACCACAGCUUUGCCAUGUCAGAGAACUACCUGAUGUUCAUUGAACAGCCCAUAAAGUUAGACCUGUUUAAGAUACUGACAUCUGGGAUGAGAGGGAAAAGCAUUGAUGACUGCAUCUAUUGGGAUCCAAAACAGGAGACUGUCUUCCAUGUUGUAAACAAACAUACUGGAAAGGUCAGUCCUGUGAAGUACUACACAAAGGCUUUAUCCACCUUCCACCAGAUCAAUGCUUUUGAGGAGAAUGGCUUCCUAAUUGUGGAUAUGUGCUGCUCAGAUGAUGGACAAGCCCUUAAAAUCUAUUUUCUACAGAACUUGCACAAGUCAGGAGAAGAACUAGAUGAAGUUUAUAACAGCCUAUCCAUGGCAUUUCCUCGCCGCUUUGUAUUGCCUUUGAGCAUUACCAAUGAUACGCCACUGAACCAGAACCUCAACACAAGGCCUAACAGCUCUGCUACUGCCAUCUGCCUUAGUAAAGAUAAGGUAUUCUGCAUGUCGGAAGAUCUGCAUGACAAAGAACUGCUGGAUUAUGGGGGAUUUGAAUUCCCUCACAUUCACUAUGACAGGUGUAACACCAAACCUUACCGCUAUUUCUAUGGAUGCGGUUUUGGCCACCUGGUGGGAGAUUCGCUGAUCAAGAUGGACCUCGAAAACAAAAAGUUAAAAGCAUGGCAUCAGCCAGGCUUUUAUCCAUCUGAGCCUGUGUUUGUCCCCUCACCUAAUGCAGAGGAAGAGGAUGAUGGAGUCAUCCUGUCUGUUGUUCUCACACCUACUGAGGAUAAAGGUACUUUCCUGCUGGUUCUGGAUGCUAAGACAUUUGAGGAAGUGGGAAGGGCUAAAGUUCCUGUUAACGUUCCCUCCGGCUUCCAUGGAACCUUUAACUCCUUGUAAAAGAACAAAUAUAAUCAAGUGACAUAAGAAGCCCCAGCGUUUGCCAUGUUUAUAAGUGACAUCACAAAGUGAUAAGUUUCACAACUUUCACAACUUGGUCCUUCCUUUUUUAGAAUUAAUCUGCUUAAUGUCUUUGUUUUUUACGUUUUUGUUUUAACACUUGCUGUUAAUUAUUCAUUUACAUAUACAAUAGACAUUGCAUUUGGAGACACUCAAAUAUUUUUAUAUCAAAACACCAAUAUUUAGGACUGUUCAAGUUUAAUUGUUUUACUUCUUGUAUUAACAACUAAGAAACAAUGCUUCCUAGAUUGUAGCUUUUGGAAACAUAAAAAGUCACACUUAAAAUCAAUUACAUAUGCUGUUUUCAGUAUUGUAACCACUGUACCAAACAUUGUGCUUUAGAAACCUAAAUGUUCAGCACACCUAUUACAAAAUUGUAUUUUAGAACGCAAGCUUAAUAAAAUAAUUUAUAAUGAUAGAA